AUUGGUGUUUGGUGCGUGAGAGUGACACCAUCAAAUAUGUGGACAAGGACGAUACUAUUUUAUAUUUUCAUACAAACCUGCUUGUGUCGAAUACGGCAUAUAUAUAUAGAAGAAAAAUCACAAUUAAAUAUAGUGGGCAUCUUCGAACCGGGUUCGGAAGUGGAGAUGGGCGCCUUCAAUGAAAGCAUGAACAGUGCCGUGGGAGAUGGCAACCGGCGGUUGGAGCCGAUAAUUAUCAAACCCACCGCGUCUGACAGCUACUCUGUAGUAACCGACCUGUGUACAGAUGAUUCAAUAAGAACUAUAGCCAUGCUUGGACCACAUAAUUUGAUAUCAGACAGGGGUGUGCUCAACCAUUGUUCGAAAUUGAAUAUUCCAUACCUGCAAGCUACAUGGCAGCCUUUUGACCCUGACUCAGAGGAAGAAGAAGAUAUAGAAAAUUCAAAUGGCAAUGAAGAAGACGAAAAUGAUGAAAACCAAGAUGAGGAAUACAAAUUUAAAAAUAUAGCUAUAAAUUUUUUUCCCGACUCAAAUGAAGUAGCAAAUGCGUACGCGGAUGUAUUAAAAUUCUAUAACUGGGAAAGUUUUAUAGUUCUCUAUGAAGAUGAUUACGGAUUAUUAAGAGUUCAGAAAAUCAUAUCUAACUAUUCAACAAAUUUCUAUGUGAUAUUUCGAAAAUUGGACCCUGAGGCUGAAAACUACGAGAUAUUUAAAGAAUUGAGUAAAAUGCAAGAAAGUCGUAUUAUAUUAGAUUGUCAUGUGGACAAUAUCUUAAAGUAUAUACAAGUUGCUGCCAAACUCAAUAUGCUCAACUCAUAUCAGCAUUAUACAUUAACAUCGAUGGAUACAUCCCGGGUGGCGGAUCAGUUGACUACAUACGCUUCGAAUUUUACUUGGCUUAGUCUUGCUGAGUACGACAAACUUAGCAGUGCACAAGGCAGUCUGAAUUCAAGAGUUAGUCACUGGAAUAACGGUAUUUCACUACCCGUUAACAAAUUUCCGACUGAUGCUUUAUUAAUGGAUGACGUUGCAAGGCACGUCUUGGAGGCGGCGGAAAAAUCGAAUAUUCCCCCUGAUUCACAAGGAAAACUGUGCAGUAGUGGACCAUGGAAAUACGGAGCUAAGCUACAAGAACAUAUACUGAACACUACAACUACAGGAGUUACUGGAAUAAUAUCAUUUGAUCCAAUGACAGGCCGUAGAAAAGAUUACACAUUAUAUUUAAAUGAGAUACACCAAUUACAUUUGCAUACCAUUGCCACGUGGAAGUCUGAGCAACAGGAGUUUGUAAGCGACGAAAAGGCUAUCGAGAUACUAAGUAAUCAGUCAAAUACUCAUCAUUUCAAAGUUAUGUCCCGACCUGCUGAACCAUAUAUCGCGAAAAAGAAAUGCUACAUCGACCAUCUACCGGGUCCCGACUGCAAAGAAGAUGACGAUGGACUUGAAUAUGAAGGGUUCUCCGUAGAUUUGGUCAAACAUAUAUUUAAAGUGCUUAAAGAUGAGAAUCCCGGGUAUACGUUUGAAUUCGUGUAUGACCCGAAUAUCACUUACGGAAAAUAUGACACCGUUCAAAAGAAAUGGGAUGGACUGAUUGGAAAAUUACUGGAUAAAGAAGCCGAUCUGGUCGUAUGUGACUUGACAAUGACCGAAGCGCGAAAGAAGCUAGUCGAUUUUUCGGUACCAAUUAUGACUGUGGGUAUCAGUAUUCUCUUCACCAAGGAUAAUGAGGUCCCGAUCGACACGCUGUCAUUCCUCAAACCUUAUUCUGUGGAGAUGUGGAUCUACACAGGGACAGCAUACUGUAUUGUGUCUAUAGUACUCUUUGUUUGCUCAAGAAUAUCUCCUGGUGAUUGGGAAAAUCCGCAGCCGUGCGAAAAGGAGCCAGAAGAGUUGGAAAAUAUCUGGAACUUCAAAAAUAGCACCUGGCUAACAAUGGGGUCUAUUAUGACUCAAGGAUGUGAUAUUUUACCUAAGGCUUGCGGCUCCCGUUGGGUAUGUGCCAUGUGGUGGUUUUUCGCCAUGAUUGUCUGUCAGACUUAUAUUGCCCAGUUAGCCGCUUCGUUGACGUCUGCUAUGGAAAACGCACCCAUUGAGGGAAUAGAAGACCUGGCCAAGCAGACCAAGGUUCUAUACGGAGCCUUUGAGGCAGGCUCCACUAUAGAGUUCUUUAAGAAUUCUAAAGAUAAGAUGUACCGCGAGAUCUAUGAGAAUAUGAUAGCAACUCCAGGCGUACUAGUAGAGAGUAACGAGGUCGGAGAAAAACGUGUAUUAGCAAGCAAAAACAAAUUUGCAUUCUUUAUGGAGUCUGCCAGCAUUGAGUACAAGAUGAAACGGAAUUGUUUGCUUAAGAAAGUGGGGGGUGAACUGGACUCGAAGGAUUAUGGAAUUGGAAUGCCUGCAAAUUCGCCGCAUAGAUCAAAAAUCAAUAGAGCCAUAUUAAAACUUAAGGAAAAUAAUAAAUUGAACGAUAUCAAAGACAAAUGGUGGAAUGAAGAAUUUGGCGCUAUACAAUGUGAAGACACGGUAGAUGUUAACGACGUGGAAGGUGACUUGGAACUUGAGAAUUUGGCCGGUGCGUUUUAUGUGCUGAUCGGUGGGCUUUUUGUUGCGCUAUUUAUUACUGCGGCCGAGUUCAUGAACGAAGUACAGAACAUAGUGGUUGCUCGUCGUCGUGAAGUAAGAAGCUAAAACCCGCUAAAAAUUGUCCUUGCUUAAAAAAUACGUUAUU